AUGAGCGCGGUAUAGUUAUGGGCGAAUUCGGCUUCAUAACCGCCGAUGGCAUUUAUCACGUCACAGUCUAUGCUACAGAUGAGGAAGGCAAAUUCCGUAUAUUAGCCAUGCGUAGUUAUCCCUACGAAGAGCAUCCAAAGACAAUCGAAAUGAUUGUAAGACCGAAGGCCAAAUCGACGACGCCAAAGGCCAUCGCACCACCCACCACAACAACAGAACGCGCCAAGCCAAAACCAGUCGAAAAACAUAAUUUCAGCGUGCAAGGUUGUUCGGGUUGUUUUAUCAAAAACAAUGUACCAACAACGACAACAACAACGCGAAAGCCAGAAGAUAAGAAAUACGGCAUAAGACCUCUGUCACAGCCGCUGGCGCCAGAAGAAGCUCCACAAAUUGGUAAGCAUGUAAUUUCGCAGGUUUUACCACAAGUGCUGAAAGAGGUGCAACAAGUUGAAACGAAAUUGAAAGAAACAGAAGUUAGAGUACCAACAAAAGUAGGGGGAGCCGUAGUAAUAGAUAGAAACAGAGGAGGGAGUAAAGUUAGCGAGAACCGUUCGAAAGGUGUACAGAAGAUACAGGCAGCAACACAAAAUACACUAGGGGGAUUACAGAAAGAACCAGGAGUAGUACAAACAGCGCAAAAAGCAGGACAAAAAGCAAAUACACAAACACAAAAGGUACCGUUGUUAGCGCAGAAUGCAAGAGAAAUAAUACAGAAAGCACCGGAGGGAACAGAAAGGGAUCAGAAAAACCUGAAGGUAGCACAAUCCACACAGCAAACACAAACAACACUGUUGGGAUCAGGGACAAAAGCACAAAUCCCGCAUGUAACACCACUAGAAACACAUUUAGCAUCACAAACACGCCAGGGAACUCCACAAAAAGCACAAACAACAGUACAGAAAACACAAGCAACAACACGAAACCGAGAAGGUACUCCGCCGACAUCGCUGAAAGAUCAAGAAGCGAUACAAAGAGUGCAGGAGAGAAGAAAACAGGCGCUACAAAACGAAAGGAUACAGUCCACAAUACUGAAAGCACAAGCAACAACACAACAAGCUCAGACACUGCCACAGAAAACAGAUAUAACACAAUUUGCACUGCAACACAACACACCGUUAGCUACACAAACAAAUAUAGCAACAACAAUUCCACUUGAAACACUUAGCACAAAAACAAACCGUCUGACAGCUUCGUCUUUAGUGAGCAAAGGAAGUGCUUUGCCGCCCAGCAACACAGCAAAGACAGCAACGGUAGGCGGAAUUGGUGGCGCAAAUGCAGCAAAAGCGCCGGCGACAACUGGCAUAAACGCGCUACCUAGUGCAGCCGGCGCGCCAUCUGCUGGUACAACGGGCUCAACAAAUGGUAUAUCAACCCCUAAAAAGCAACUAACGACACCAGCAGUCACUGCUGGCAACACUGGUGGCGGAAAAGGCGCUGCAGCGGGCGGUGGUCCGAAUACGAAUGCAGGCGGCUUUGGUGCUGGUAGUGGCAGCGGUGGUGCGAGUGGCAACAGUGGUGGCAGCAAGUCAGGCAGUUCUGGUGCUGGUGGCUUUAAGGGCGGUUCGAGUGGUGGCAGCACUGCCAGCGAAACGGGCGACUUGUACCGUUUCAAAUACAAUCUCGACUACAAUGGGCAUCGUGAGACGGGCGCAUACAAUGGCAACAAGGAGGGCAGCUUUUAUGCCAUCGGCGAUGACAAUGUGGAACGCACCAUUGAGUACAUUGCCAAUGAGUUUGGCUAUCAGCCGCGUGUGCGUUUCCGCAAAUUGGAUGCGCCCGUGCAGGCCAAGGAGAAUACGCUGAAAGAUUACGAGUUUGUGUGGUUCAAAAAGGCAUAAGCGAUGUAAAUACCGUCAAUUUUACACACAAAAAUUUCAAUACAUACACACGCGAGCCCAGAGACCAGAAAUAGUAACACUGCGUAUCAGGAU